AUGUUCUACUCCGAGUCCCUGCUGUGCAAGACGGGGCCGCUGGCACGCGUCUGGCUGGCUUCCAACCUCGACCGCAAGUUGUCCAAGUCCAACAUCCUACAGAACAAGAUUGAAGAGGAUGUUCAGAACAUCAUUGGAGACGAUGCUGCGCCCAUCGCCCUGCGCAUGAGUGGUCAGCUGCUGCUGGGCGUCGUCAAGAUUCACAAUCGAAAGGCCAAAUACCUGAUGGAUGACUGCAGCGAAGCUCUGCUUAAGAUCAAAAUGGUACGACAGUGCAUACUCACGCGUCGCAACAGGAUACUGACUUCUAUAGGCUUUCCGCCCAGGAAACGUUGACCUGCCUCAUGAUCAAUCUCACAAAGCCAAUGCAGCGGCUCUCAUGCUUCCCGACACCAUUACCGAGUUAGACCUGUUCGCUCCUCUACCAGAUCCAGAGGACAUUCUGCGCGAACCUGAGGAGCGUGCCCCAGGUCAGGAUCCCACUCUGCUCGACUUUGGCAUGAGUCAAGUCAUGGAAAGUCAGACACCAACCCGGCCGCAAGAGAGACGAUUGUUGCAACUCGACGAUGAAGAUCUAAACCUGGACAUUGGCGAUGAUUUCACCCGUGCUACUCCCUUGAGCGACGAGUCCUCAAUUGAACAAGGACGGCGAGCACCUGAUCCUCGCGGUGACGAGCCCACUCUCUUGCCGGAUGACGACCUGGGCCUUGACUUUGGCCUCAAUGACACUACGCUUGGCGGUCCUGAAGCUUCCACAAGACAAGGCACCGCUGCUCCCGACUUUCCUACAUUGAACGUGGAUGACGAUCUCCCAAUGGGCGGCAUGGAGGACGACGAAAUUGGUCGAGCAAAUCAGAACGCGCUGAAUCGUGCAGAGGCUGGCGCCAAGCAACAGCGAGGCUCUGAAUCUCCCCUCUCAUCCGUUCGCUCUAGCAUGGAACGCGAUCUAGAGGAGACAUUUCGACUCGAUCAGGCCGCGUUGCAGGAUGAGACCGAUCCGACCAUAAUCCAAGCUGCACAGCGCGUUAAACGGAGGAAGGUGAUGCGCAUGGACCAGGAGACUACCAUUCACAACAGCCAGAUCAAGAAGCAGCAAGAAGACCGCUCUGCUAUCACCAAGGCGCCAUCAUUCCUGCCGCGCGAUCCGUUAUUACUCCAGCUCAUGGAGAUGCAGCGCAACGGCAGCUUCGUCAGCAAUCUUAUGGGUGAUGGUCGCAUGCUUGGCUGGGCUCCUGAGCUUAGAGGCAUUCUCUCCCUCGAAGUAGUCCGCAGAGCAGGCGAAAAGAAGCGCAAGCGAGACUCUGGAAUUGCGGACAUCGAGACUGAUGGCGAGAGGCUGGAUACUCCACAACUUGAAAUCCCACAGGACGAAGACGAAGGCUUCCAAGCCGGCGUCAGUGCAGGUGACUUUGGCGAUGACACCGCAGGAUCCGAUGGCUUCAUUCCACCACAAGACGACGAGGAGGAGAACUUUGACGACCCGCCGAUUAACUUCGAUAUCACCGAAGCACCUCUUGUGCACCCAUCCCAAUCAGGUCCUGUCGCGCUUGGCACCAAGAAGAUGGUUCACAUGCUCCGCGACCACUUCGCACCAGAUCAUCCAAGGGAAGCCAACGAGCCCCCGACUCCCUCGAAGCGAGUCAAGAGCUCUGCCUUGUUCACGGACCUGUGCCCUGAAAAGCGCACGACCCGAGAAGACGCCACGAAGAUGUUCUUUGAGCUUCUGGUCUUGGGCACGAAGGAUGCGAUCAAAGUUGAGCAGGAGUCCAAGGAGCUCGGCCUGCCCAUCCGCGUGCGCGGUAAGCGUGGUCUCUGGGGUGACUGGGCCGAGUUACAGUCUGGUGGUGAGAUUGCCAGUCAAGAUCAGCACGCUCUCGAGCAAGUGCCAGAAGCUGUCGCUGUUGGAGCUUAG